AACCAACUACAAAAUACCCAACAAAAAGGAAGCCUAUGCCGCGUGUUGAGACAUGAUAGGUAAUUGAAAAUGCAUGUGUGUACUUAAUUGGCGGCGAUAAAUAAUUCAUAUUCCUCAUACAAAGGCAACAAACAAACAACUGAUCUCAUAUUGACUUGUUUGGGCUUGGGGGCCGCCAAGUAUGAAAUAUCUAUAAGACUAAUGUAGCCAGAAAAAAAAAAAAAAACACCAAUAAAUUCUCUAAGCUCUCCUCCUAUCUUCAUCUCCUACAAUAUCAAUCCUGCUCAUCAUGAGUCAUUACCACCAUCAUCAUCACCAGGCUCCAGAGGUAUAUCCACCACCACCCACCUCUUACCCUCCACCGCCUGCCGGCACAUAUCAAGGGUAUCCGCCUCCUCAACCCUAUCCAGCGCCACCACCCGUAGUUCACGGAUACAAUCAAGGUGGUCCAUAUGUUGUUGCACCACCAGUUGCUUACCCCAUGAAACAUGAUGGUCCUGGAUACCCCCCGCAGCAACAGCAGCCAACAAAGUCUCAUCAUAGUAGGGGUGCUGGAUUUUGGACAGGAUGUUGUUCUGCCAUGUUCUGUUGCUGCCUCUGCGACUUGUGCUGCUUGCCCUGCUCAAUCUUUUAAUCUUUUCAAGUGUCGUAACUUCAUAAUCUUCCCUUUUUCUGUCCACUAUGUUUACUUCCAUACAGUGAGAUUGAUUCUCUUUUGUGUAAAGUUUUGCAAUAAUACAUGCAAAUUUGCUACAUGCAUAUGUUACUAAGUGUCCUAAUUAUAAAAUUAUUAUACUCAAUUUAUGUCUAA